UUACAAUCACUCACUUCACUAUACACACUCACAUUCUUGCUACUGCCAGCAUCAUGGCUUUUCCUCCAAAAUUCAUUUCAUUUCUCUUCAUCCUAACCCUUUUCUUUAUGCAAAUUUAUGCUAGAGAGAGCCAAUUCUUCAGCAAAGUCUCUCCCACCACCACCACCACCGCCACAACCACCGUGAAUCCAGCCACCACCACCAUCCCCACCACCGCCACUAAAGAGGAAGAAAACUUGAACAAGCAAGAACAAGAGCCAACUUUCAUGCCGGAAACUCAAAAUGGUUAUGGCUUAUACGGCCAAGAAUCCACCCAGACAGAGUUUCCGACCACCACUAAAUUGGGAAAUGCACCGUACUCUGCCGCCAACCCCGCCACUUACAUCCCUUACAAGACCCCGACCCAAACCCCAUACCAAAACCAAGAAACUUACGAUACUAAUUACGCUAACACCAACAACAAUCAGUACUACAGCAACAACAAUGCACAGAAUUUUGGUGAAACUAGCCAUCAAGAAAAUAGCUACACUCCGAUGACCAACGGCCGUCAAGAAAAUAGCUACACUCCGAUGACCAACGGCCGUCAAGAAAACAGCUACACUCCGAUGAGCAACAGCCGUCAAGAAAGCAACUAUUACAGCAAUACAGGGAGACAAGGCAUGAGUGAUACGAGGUUCGUGGAGAAUGGAAAAUACUACUAUGAUGUAAACAGUGAGAAUAAUUAUAACCCUAAUAAUCAGAACCAGAACUCGAGACCCAAUUAUUAUGAUACACGUGCUUCUUACAACACCAAUGAGAAUCAGAACGAGAAUACCUACGAGUAUAAAAACUCCAUGGAUAACUUUCAGAACCAGGAUGAGUUCCAAGAUGAGCAGUUUGAUCCUUGAGCUUUUAAAAAAUUGUGAUCCGAAGUUCUGUGUGAUCAUAUUACCAAUUAUUGGGUGGUAUUAUUAGAUAUACUUAAGUUAUGUCUUAGUGGGAAAUAUUUUCAAAAAAAUACUUAAAUUUGAUUUAUUGUGGUGCUUAAUUUUGUUAUUAUUAUGUGAUCUUUUUAUUUC